CACCUUCCACCACGCGUUUUCGGAUUUAACUCUCCCACCUUUACCUUUGACAACUCUCGUUCAGUUGUCUCUGUCUCGACUCCUCGAACGAUGACCCCGCGGAUCUUCCCACCAAUACCGAUCCCCAGCAGCACGGAUGCCGACCUCCUCCCGUCGGACAUAAUCUGCUUUGGCAGCGACGAUGAAUGCGAUGAGGGUGCACGGGACCGCCGCAUCGUCAUGAUUGCUGAGAACUAUCUGCGCGGCUAUGGCGUGUACAUGCACUCUGCGGUGAAUGUAGCGCCGAAGAAGAUGGAGAAACAGGAGGACCCCAGGAUCGUAGACUAUUUUGCGAAGGCGAAGGUUGGGACUGGGAAGAGCGCGGAGAAGAGGGUGGGAACUACUACUACUACUACAAUGGCAACCACAACUGCAACUACAAUGGCAACUACAACUACAGAACCCUCCUCCUCUUCCGGCUCCCCCAACUCCUCCGGUCCCUCCUCCGACUCACUACCACUCCCUCGAAACCUGCAGCCCGACCCGGCGCCCACCCAGCAGCUCCCAAUACCCGUCAACAUCACCGUCGACAUCCGGAUCGCCUCCUCGCCGCCUCCGUCGUCGCAACCUCGACGCAAACGAAAGCUCGAGGUCGAGAUUGGAAACGGUCAGGAGAAGGAGGAGACGGAGAAGGAGACCAAGAAAUAUACCCCCAUGAUUAUCGACUGGAAAAAGAAGCGGCCCAAGAUCGAUUUUGCCGCGCUCAGUCCGGUGGUCGCGAAGCGCCGUCGUAAGGAGAGUGACAAGAACAAGGACAGUGGGGCCGCGGGGAGGAGGAGUAGGAGCAGGAGGGUCACUGCUAGUGGCGAGAGGGAGAUGCAAACGGAGGCGGGGGAGAAGGUCAAGGGAAAGGCUGGUGCGAAACGGAAGGAGACUCCUAUAGAGGAGACGAAGGGAAAGGCUAGUGCGAAACGGAAGCAGACGCCUAUGGACGAGACGAUACAUGUUGCCAUGAAUGCGGGGGAAGCAGGUCCUUCCGGGAGUGCGGAUAAGGAGAAGAGGAGAGGAAGCAGAGGAGUCAGCGGUGGUGUCAAUUCGCCGGACAGAUCAGCACAAGCUACAGAAGAGAAGGAGACGACGGUGGAGAAGGCCGCUGUCGGCAAACCGGCGGAACCGGAGGAGGAAAAGGCGCUACAGGCCUCCGCCCGGAAUGCCGAAGGUGUCGACAAUGGCGGGGAGAAGAUGAGGACCGGGAGCGGGAUUGGCAUCUCCACACCUGCGAGGAAAUCCACAUCACCUUCCGUGGAGGAUACAAUCCAAGUAGCCUCGGUCUCAAGGAAAUCAUCACCGUCGAAGCCCGUUACCACCAACUCCCCCUCGAAGUCCCCGGAGCCUGCUACCUCGACAAACCCCCACGUAACACUCACCCAUCCAGUGCAACCCACACCGCACCGAACCUCGAGCGAAACCCGCGAAACCGAAGAAAUCUGCAGCCAAGUGAUCAGCAACUACAUCCAGCACAUGGCGGCGCCACCAGAGACGCCUUAUACAUGGCAAUCGACGCAGGCACAGCUGCUCGCCGCACAGGACGGCUUCUUCAACGCGAUGGCCGACUCGCCGAUCCGCUUCGAUUACACCACUCCCGAGGGCCGAAAGAAAUCCCAGCUGAACAACAGUGCCACUCCAGACCUGUCAUGGGGGAUCCUACCAUCAACCAUGGCACACCCACCACUCCAGGUCGCACCCUCAACAAUCGGCAAACCACCGCCCAGCACCUCCCCCUGGACAGCCUCUAAACCCCCACCACCUGCACCCGCACCCAAAACCCCAGGCGACUUUCUACAAGACACUCCAGUCAUCCGACCUCCGCCCCUACCCGCCACACCACUAAGCAACGGCUUCACCCUCUCCGCCCCGUCAACCAGCGAACUGACGCCCUUCGGCGCCUUCGCCACGCCCGCCUCCCUCCCCUCCUCCGCCUCGCAAUCCCGCUGCGGCCAGCCCGCGCAGCCCCUGCUAAGCCUGAGCUUUGAAAACUCCCCCGAGAACAUCAACUCGCCAAGCCCUAGCGGCCUCAGCGGCCCCAGCUCGCCGUCCCCCGACGACUCGGUCCACGAGAUGAUGGGCAUCAUGGGCAGCGGCGUGUGGGACAUCGAUGAAGAGCUGAGGAAGAUGGCGGGGAGCUCGACACCUACCUCUACUACGGGGAACAAGAAGAGGAGGCCGAGGCAGAGGCAGAAGGUGAGCGGAAAGUGACGAGGUGAUGCGUUUGAUGAUGCGUGCGUUUUCCUUUUCCUUUUCCUUUUCCUUUUCUCUUUUCCUUU